AUGGAACUCUUUUGGUUUCUGGUCUUUGCUAAUUGCCUCGCCCUCUCCGUCUCUGCUGCAGAAGAUAAUAACGCCAAGAGGCAGACCUUCAUCGUCCAGGUCCAGAAUGACUUGAAACCUUCUGUGUUCCCCGAUGUCGAGCACUGGUACAGCUCUACUCUUCGAAGCCUGGCUUUUAAUCCACUAGCCUCUCAAAAUCCCACCUUUCACCAAGGAGAAAGCAACUGUUACGAUUUGCUUCAUGUCUAUAAAACUGUAUUCCAUGGCUUCUCUGCAAAGCUAACCUCCCAAGAGGCCCAAGAAAUCAAGAAGCGCCCUGGAAUUCUCGGUGUCUAUCCGGAUCGAAUUCGUCAUAUUCACACGACUAGGUCGCCUCAAUUCCUUGGACUUGUCGAGAACGGCACAGGCGGUCUACUGGCUGAUUCCGACUACGGAUCCUCCGUUGUGAUCGGCGUUCUCGACACUGGUAUAUGGCCCGAACGGAGGAGCUUCGACGAUAAGGACCUUGGCCCCGUGCCUGCCCACUGGAAGGGCGAGUGCACCGAAGGGCAAGCAUUUCCCAAGACCCUUUGUAAUAAGAAGUUGGUUGGCGCCAGAUACUUUCUAUCGGGAUACCAAGCCUAUGCCGGAAAAUUAAACGAAACCACCGAAUUCAGGUCGGCAAGAGACUCUAUUGGACAUGGAACUCACACGGCAUCUACGGCAGCGGGCAGCGACGUCCCGCAAGCUUCGAUGCUGGGAUAUGCCACCGGUGUUGCCGUUGGAAUUGCGCCGAAAGCUCGAAUUGCAGUGUAUAAGGUAUGUUGGGACAUGGGCUGCUUCGACUCUGACAUACUCUCCGCCCUAGACAAGGCAGUGGAAGAUGGCGUCAACGUGAUUUCCCUAUCCCUCGGCGGGGCUGUUCUUCCCUACCACCAGGAUCCUAUCGCAAUCGGUGCUUUCGGUGCAAUGGAAAAAGGAGUGUUCGUAUCGGCUUCUGCCGGAAACAACGGUCCUGAAACAACGACCGUCACAAAUGUAGCUCCCUGGAUCACGACGAUUGGAGCAGGAACAAUCGACCGGAGAUUUCCUGCCGACCUUCUAUUAGAGAACGGCCCUGUCAUCACCGGAGCUUCUUUGUACAGUGGACCGUCCUUACCCGAGAAGACAUUUCUGCCAUUGGUUUACGCAUGGAACGCAACGGUGAUUCGUAGAAACCGGACUAUUUUGGGUCGCAGUGAAGCUCUAACUGCAGCUCUUUGCACGCCAAAGUCGUUAGACCCAGAGCUUGUACGUGGAAAGAUCGUUCUGUGCGACUACAGCGGGAUUUCACGUGCCGCAAUGGGGGCCGCAGUUAAGGAGGCAGGUGGAGCGGGCAUGAUUGCGACCAACGUUUUCCCGGCCGGCGAGGGUCUCGUAGCCGAUGCUUACCUUCUUCCCGCCUUAGCUAUCACAGAGUCGGCUGGGCGCAUCCUCCGUGAAUAUAUCAGCUCUUCACAUAACCCACGAGCAACGAUCGUUUUCCAUGGGACCCAGUUGGGUGUCAAACCGGCACCUGUCGUCGCUUCAUUCUCAUCACGAGGGCCCAACCCGAAUUCACCCUACAUCGUGAAGCCCGACGUGAUCGCCCCAGGUGUCAACAUCCUAGCGGCAUGGACCGAUACAAAAGGCCCCACAGGGUUACCAUCAGAUACUAGGCAAACGGAGUUCAACAUCAUCUCAGGUACAUCGAUGGCCUGCCCCCACGUCUCGGGCCUGGCGGCUCUGCUUAAGGGGGCGCAUCCCGACUGGUCGCCGGCGGUGAUCCGGUCGGCGCUUAUGACCACCGCUUAUAUGCAUGACAACACGGGGAAAGGUUUGCUAGACGAGCGUAACUACACCACAUCAACAACGUGGGGCGUAGGUUCGGGACACGUUGACCCUGACAAGGCCGUAGAUCCAGGUUUGGUCUACAAUCUUACGGUGGAUGAUUACUUGGAUUUCCUCUGUGCUUCCAACUACACACGUCAUGAUAUUCGAUUGAUUGCACGAAGGGCAGUGAAUUGCAGAAGAAAGGAGAAGGUGCCAAUGCCAUGGAAUGUAAAUUACCCCUCGAUUGCCGUUAUUUCUGAACAAUCUGGACCGUCUAAAUUCACGAUCGAGGUCACUAGGACGGUGACGCACGUUGGGAACGGUGCAUCGAGCUACGCCGUAACGGUUGAGAAUCCACGAGGGGCCGUAGUGACGGUGGAUCCUCCAAAGAUGGAAUUCCGCAACAAGGGCGAAAAGCAGAGCUACAAAGUGAAGAUAUCAGCAGAGAAGGUGGAGAUGGCGCCCGGAAAAUCGAGUGAGUAUGGAAGGUUGACUUGGACAGAUGGGAGACACUUGGUGAGUUCACCCAUUGUAGUGACCUUACUGAGAUACACAACUACUUCUCACAUUUAA